CAAAGUGAUCAAUAAUUGGGAUAGCAAAACUUCCUUCGUUUUAUUGUUGUGAUGGGAGGUCAAUUUUACCUAUGGAAGAUCAUCAUCGCUUCAACUCAUCCGGUCGUGGUGUUUUUAGUUUUGUUUCAGUUGCCAACCUUGAAUGUUGAUCAGAGGGAUCUUUGGUACAUCAUAACAUUUAUAAAAACAUUUGUGGAACGAAUUUCGACAUAAUAGCGCUGGUGUUUUUCCUGACUUGCGAUGGUAGUCGUGCUUUGAGAGGUUUCCAGUGAUUUUUUUGGUGUUUUUGACGAUGUUUUGGUCGUCGGUGAUUUUUUUGUGUCUGGCUGUUGAAGGGUUUGAUUGCUUGCCAGCCAGUCCGAUAGGACCAAAUGAGGUCAGCAAUUUUGUGGACGACUGGGACUAUCGUUUGGAGCCACACAGUGAGCCUUUGCUGAAUAUUUCUUCAACAAAUCAUGAAUUACCUCCUCCUCCCAAGGUAGGUGGUGAUGAAGUCUAUGAUAAUAUGGUGGUGGAUCAUUUUACAUCGAGCAAACUAAUGAAAAGUUCUGUGCACAACAUACAGGUGUUGGUGAAGAAGAAGAGGAAACCAAAAUUACCCAAGAAAAUGGGAAAUGCCGUUUACAGCGUGAUAAAAUGUAACUGGUGUCACAUAGGUGUUUCUCUCUUCAUGGAUGAAAUCAAGAAAGGAUCACCUUCAGAUACCUUGAAGACCAAAAUAGCCAAGAUGUGUGUUGAAUUCAACCUGAGCACCGAAGAAGUAUGCUCAGGUCUUAUAGAUGUUUUUGGCCCUACUGUUCUUGCUGCUGCCAAGAAAACAGAAUUAAAUGUCCAGCAGAUCUGCAGUUUAGCGUUGGGUGAGACCUGUGGAGAAAAGAUCGAUAAUCCUCUCCACCAAUGGGAUGUCAAGUUUCCCGAUACCGUGAAGCCACCAGUUAAAAGAUUGAGUACACCCAAAAUGGGGUCACCCACACUGAAGGUUCUCCAUCUGACAGACACCCAUUUGGAUCCAGACUAUACGGAAGGUACUGUUUCCAACUGCAAUGAGCCACUUUGCUGUCGAAACGACAGCACAGAAGGUAUUCCAGAUGUUGUAACGGCAGGAAAGUGGGGAGCUUAUGCCAAAUGCGAUUCGCCAAAAAUACUGAUAGAUCAUAUGUUGAAGCAUAUCAACGAACAACAUCCGGAUAUAGAUUUCAUAUUGUGGACUGGUGAUCUACCCCCACACGAUAUUUGGAGGCAAACCAAAGAAUCGAACCUUGCUAUAAUCAAGGAAACGACAAAGCAAAUGCUCGAGUAUUUUCCGACCAAACCCAUAUUCCCGGCAGUAGGAAACCAUGAAUCCAUACCAGCUGGAACAUUUGCCCCUCCCUGGGUCGAGGGUGAAAAUUCCACAGCUUGGUUGUUCAAUGAGUUGGCCAAUCAUUGGAAACGUUGGUUACCAGAGUAUUCCACCACUACAGUGAUGAGAGGAGCUUUUUACUCAGUGUUGUUGAGGCCUAAGCUUCGGCUUAUAUCGAUGAAUACUAACUACUGUCAUACUUAUAACUGGUGGUUGUUAGUAAAUAGUACUGAUCCAGCGAAGGAGUUACAGUGGCUAAUACAUGAACUGCAGCAAGCUGAGAAUAAACAAGAGAGGGUUCUGCUGAUUGGUCACAUUCCACCGGGGGUCCACGACUGCAUGAAGGUUUGGUCGGAGAACUUCUACAGCAUUGUCGCCAGAUACGAGAAUACCAUCAUAGCCCAAUUCUAUGGUCACACGCACGCUGACGAGUUCCAGAUGUUCUACGAUCCGAAGGAUCUGAGUCGACCUGUGAAUGUCGCCUAUCUAGGGCCUUCUGUCACCACGUUCGAGAAUCACAACCCUGCCUACAGAGUUUAUUACCUGGAUGGCGAUUACCCUGAUUCGACGAGGGCGAUUUUGGACCAUGAAACUUGGACAAUGAACCUGGAAGAAGCAAAUAAAAAUGGGGAUCCCGAAUGGUAUAGAUUAUACUCUGCCAGAAGAGAUCUAGAUAUAGAAACCCUCAAUCCAGAGGACUGGAACAGUUACCUGAAAAAGCUAAUAGAUGUUCCAGAUGCCUUCUACCAAUUCUACAAAUAUUACUACAGGGACAGUCCAGCACGACCUAAAUGCGACAAUAAAUGCAAACUUCAAAUUUUAUGCGACUUGAGGAGUGGUAAAUCUCAAAGUCGCCACUUGCUGUGUCACGAUUUAGAGGAGAAAUUUGGAGGUUGAUCAUGAAUUUUGAAGGGAGCCGCAUCAGUCCAAUUGUUGCCAGUAAUUUUUGUGAUGGAGUGGAAGAAGACUAAUUCUUGCCAUCAGAAAACACUUGCAUAACCCAGUGAUUUAUUUUUUGAGAUAUCGGUUUCUUGUACAUAGUUUUAUACAAUUUUUCUACAAUAAAUCCCCCAAUUACCAAAGAAUAGACUGAAAA